AUUUCACGGAUAUGUAAUUCACACAUUUGGUAACACUGAUAAUGACUCAUUGCCCUGUUGCCAUGACAAAUUGUUCCACUCUGUAUAAUCUGUCUGCCCUAACUUGGCUUGGAAGGAAACGUGCAUGAUUUAAGCAUAUAGUGAAGUAAUUUCAAAUUUGAAUAAUUGAAGUUAAGCUGAUAAAGUUGACAAAAAUUGUUUGAUAGACUUAAUAUCAUUCAAUAAGUUUUCAGCAAUGCUGAAAAGAGAAUUCCACAUUUGUACAAACAGCAUAAAAUUACCGGAAUCAAAUUUUCCUUGACAUCAAUUUGAACCAAAAACAUUUGCUGUAUUUGUUUACAUUCUGAUUUUAAGAAUAAGUUCAUUUGACAUUGGGUGAACUUCUUAUGUUUAAGUAAAUCCAACAUUUGUUUGAAGCUAUAUUUAGAAAUUUAACUGAAGUAAGCAAAACCGAAAAUCCUCUUUUACAAAGCUCAUCUGCAACAAGUCAAAGUUGUAUAAAUCCUGGCCUCUCGUCUUGCACCACCUUCAGGACUGUAACUAAAAGCAUUGCAUAUUUCAAAUCUCUCAUGUUUUCUUGUAGGAAAAAGUCUUUCAACUCUUUAAACGUUUGCACCUGUUGAGUUCAGUGUAUUUUUAAUGCAUUAAAGACUUCUGGACCUUUUUCAUAAACAGGACUUUUAAAAUAAUAUAUUAGUUGUCAGUUUUGUAACUCGGUUCAAAAAUCUUUCGAAACAGCUUUACUUUUUUUGAACUCGUUAACUUACUUAAUCCCACUAGGCUUCUCUUACAAAACACUGUAAAACAGAUUUAGCUGUGACUGAAUGAGUUUGCUGCCCCGUCACAUGCUACAGUGAGGUGGUUAUGAAAGAAGUUUCAUGAGAAACAGAGGCUCUCUUGUCUCCGCUGCUUAAAAAUGCCAAGAUAAGCUCGAGCUGAACUAAACUAAUCUUUAAAGAACUUUGGCUGCAUUAAGAACCGCACACCUGAAGGGAAACCCGACACUUUAUAGCAACACUUUUGCUUGUGUUGAAUGUUUCUAGGGAGUUUUUCUUUUCUUUUUUCUUGUACAACAGAGAAUGGCUUCAGUCCUGAGAAGAGUGUACCACAUCACAGCUUUCAGCUGGUAUGCGUUUGUUGUUAAGAGUCUCAUAGAGAAGGAAGGAGAGCAGCUGCCAGCAGGGAUCUUUGUUUAUGGAGGACCUUGGAAGUACCUUACUUUUUUAAAUUUGUUGUUACAAAUGGUGUUCUUUGGACUGGCAGCAGUGAGUGAUCUCCAGUCUGAGAAACAUUCAGAACGCAUCUUGACCAGAUGUAAAGAUCUCCUGUUCUCUGUCUUUGCAUUCCCCGUGGGCAUGUUUGUUGUUCUACUUUUCUGGACAAUCUUUGCUUAUGACAGAGAACUCGUCUACCCAGCUUCCAUUGACACCUUCUUCCCGCCCUGGAUAAACCACGCAAUGCACACCUUUGUCCUUCCUGUUUUACUGGGAGAGGUGCUGGUGCAGCCUCAUGCCUACCCACAGACCAAGCACGCGCUGGCAGCGUUGGGAGUCGUGGGCUUGGCUUAUUUAUCUUGGAUUAUAUGGGUGUAUUUGUCUGUCGGGAUUUGGGUGUAUCCCCUCCUCGGACGCUUCAGCACUCCUGGCCUGGUGGGCUUCUUCUUUUUUAACAUGACUGUAGUGACCGUGCUCUACAUCCUCGGACAAAAGCUCAACAGCCACAUCUGGAGGAAGAAGCAUUAGGUGAUCAUCUCUUCAUACUGCUGUUUGACUGUGUACAUGUAACUUCUUGUGUUGUGUGAUUGUGAGGAGUCCUAAAACUGGCUAAAUGUUUAAAGUAAAAGUCAAAAGGGUAUAUUUAUUAUUGCAAAGCCAAUGUAUAAUGUGUUUGACACAAUAAUAAAUCAUGUUGCACUGGUAGUGGCUGAGUUAAACUUUGUCUGCCUGAUAUUUUACAUGGUAAACUUCUCCAGAUUUUUGGGCAGCCACAAACUUCACCCAUAAGGUAGCUGCACAGCCAAGACCUACAGAUGCAAUAAUAAAGCACGCAGGUUCACGUUUAGUAUUGCUGCAUUAUUGCAUUGUUCCUCAUUUGCUGGUGUGUAAGCUUCACUUGGAAAAAAAAAAAAAGUCCUCAUUUUUCCACAGAGCAUGAAGCAUCUGGAGGGGCUCAUAGCUCCUAAUCCAAAA